GCUAUGGCUGUCAACAGUGCAAUAGUUCUCUUCAUUGCUGCGACUGUAACGAUAGCCCAAGCUGCCGGUGGACCAAAAAAUGUACUCUUUAUGCCAGUUGAUGAUCUGAGGCCUGAAUUGCUGGAAGCAUAUGAUCAGAAGCAUAUCAUUACUCCAAACCUGGACAGGUUGGCCAAAGAGAGUCUUGUCUUCCAAAGAGCUUACUGUCAGCAUGCUUUGUGUAUUCCCUCGAGGAACAGUUUCAUGACUGGAAGGAGACCAGAUACAACUCACGUUUGGGCAGGAUUAGGAAAUGCUAACUUCAGAGUUACAGGCCCAGACUGGAUAUCACUUCCAGAGCACUUUAAGAACAGUGGGUACACUACACUAGGAGGAGGAAAGACAUACCAUCCCAAUAGCCCUCCUAACUGGGAUGAGCCAAAAUCCUGGUCACAAGAUCAGCCCUAUUUUCCAUUUGCACUUGUAAAGUGUCCUAAUACUACAACAACACAGAAUGAGAGAGUUGGGGGCAAUGUUGCUCCUAUUGAUACCUGGUGCCCAUUGGAUGAAAAGGAAUAUCCAGACACUUUUCAUUAUGAUUGGAAACUUGCAAACCACACAAUAUACACUUUAAAAUAUGUGAAGGAUAAAGGAGGCCCUUGGUUUGUUGCUGCCGGUUUUAGACGACCACAUGAUCCAUGGAUGAUGCCAAAGCGCUUCUGGGACAUGUAUAGCAGUGAUGAUAUACCAACUGUUCUUCACAGGAACAGACCUGUUGGCUCACCAGAUAUUGCAUUCCACAAUCAAGGAAUUAUAGACUAUUCCAAUGACACAGAGUAUCUACCAAUGCCAAAUCCAAUUCCGGUUGAGAUACAGCAAAAAGUACGCCAUGGAUAUUUUGCAUCAGUUUCAUGGGUUGACUCACAGAUUGGUCGGGUAUUACAAGCUCUUGAUGACAUGUCAUUAGCAGAUGAUACAUUAGUGGUACUCUUUGGUGAUCAUGGAUAUCAGUUGGGAGAACAUGAUUCCUGGCAUAAAAUGACUAACUGGGAGCUUGCUGUUCGAGUGCCAUUAAUCAUAAGAGCACCAUGGAACCAGCUAGUGCUGGUAAGAGGAGUCAUGCAUUUGUUGAGCUAGUUGAUCUGUA